AUGGCUGUUCGCCUGGCCGAGCCCAUCAACUUCUCACUGAUUAUUCCGUUUGUCUAUCAGGCAAGUUCCAGCAGCCUCAGCAUGUCCUACACAAUCGCGUACAUGGUCGAGGGUUUCGGAGUUGCGAAGAGCCCUAAGGACCUCGCCAUGUACACCGGCAUCCUCAACUCCUCCUACUCGGGCCAGCUCUCCGAUCGCAUUGGCCGUCGCCCUGUGCUUUUGAUGGGGCUCAUUGACAACGUCAUCACAUUUCUGAUGUUCGGCUUCGCCCACAACUACACCUGGGCACUGGCUGCACCCUGGCUCAGCGGCCUCGGGUUUGAUUCACGGCGCAUCCGCAUCUUGCUGGCACACUCGGGUGCUGUCAUGGUCUACCUCCAGCUAGUGACAUAUCCUAGGCUCGAGCGCAAGCAUGGCAACCUGUAUUGCUACCAGCUAGGUCAAAGUGUUCUAGUUCCGAUGUGUUUCUCCUUGCUAUUCCUAUCGUUGUUGGCUGCUCGAUCUAAUGAGAUUGUAAACCACACAGUUGGCGCUGAGCAGUCAAAAGCAUUCACGCUAGCAUACAUCCUACUCUGGGUGUUCUUUUUGGAAAACCAGUUUAUGCGCAAUAUCGACAAUGUGGUCGUGUACACCGGUGCCAAUCUGGGUCUAAUGAACGGCACGCAGCAGCUGGCAAUGUCUAUUACAUGUGUCAUCGGUCCGACCUUUGCCGAGCUUGUCUGGAGCUGGUCGACCAAGCACGAUUUGCCAUACCCGCUCAACGCACAUCUGGUUUGGGCUGUUUGCAGUCUGUUGACAGUAACAUCGCUGCACUUGUCGUUCAGCAUUCCAGAGUCUGUCAACAAGUGUGCAGCCAUCGAAGUCGACGAGUACAGCCGCCCGCUGGGUGAGCAAGAACAUAUUGGGUAG